AUACGGUCACACUGACAAACAGCCGCAUCCAAACAAAAAGUAAAUAUACAUAUAUCUGCAAUCCUCUUUUCGAGUUCCUCUUGAUCGUGUCGUAGCUACAGCAUGUCGGAGAAACCAACGGUUUUGAUUUUGGGUGGCUGCGGUUUCAUUGGACGCAACUUGGCCACUUAUCUGCUGGACAAUGAACUGGCGCAGGAAGUACGGAUCGCCGAUAAGACCCCUCCCCAAAUGGCCUGGCUCAACGAGGAGCAGUCAGCUCUCUUCGAGAGCGAUCGCCUGGAGUUCUGCAGCGCCAACCUAAUAAACGCCGCGUCUUGUAAGGCGGCCUUCGCGCCACACCCCACGACCGGAAGGGCAUGGGACAUUGUGAUCAAUUGUGCAGCCGAGACGCGUGCCAACCAGGAUGAUGCCGUCUACAAGGAGGGAAUUUUAAAGCUAAGUCUCAACUGCGCUAAUGAAGCUGCUGCCCAGCGGGUUAAGCGCUACGUUGAGCUCAGUUCCGGCUGUAUGAAUAGCAGCGAAAAAACGCCACUGAAGGAGGACUGCAAGCUGGACCCGUGGACUGGUGUGGCGAAGCAGAAGCUAAAGGUGGAGAAGGAGCUGGCGAACAUCGACGACCUUAGCUACACGAUCGUCCGUUUACCCGUGGUCUAUGGCAUAGGAGAUAAGCGCUACUUGAUGCCGCGCAUUAUAAUCGCUGCCAUAUACAAACACCUCAAUGAGACAAUGAAGCUGCUGUGGAACGAUGCCAUGCGACUGAAUACGGUGCACGUAUCGGAUGUGUGCGCCGCCAUUUGGCAACUCGCACAGAGCCCGAAAACCGCCGGCCAGGUGUACAACAUCGUCGAUGAUUCAGCCUCGACGCAGGGCACCAUUAGCAACCUGCUGGUGGAUAUUUUCGACAUCAAUGUUGACUAUUUUGGCAUUGUUAUGUCGAAUCUGACUAAGCUUUAUCCCACAGACACCGUCGGUGAAAUCAACGACAAGCACAUGGGACCCUGGGCCGAGAUUUGCCAGGGUAGCGGAAUUGACAACACACCUCUGACGCCUUACCUCGACGAGGAGCAGCUUCACCACAAGCACCUCUACUUGGACAACACGAAACUAAAAGACUUUGGCUACGUUCUGCAGCAUCCGAAAGUCACUCGAGAGCUGCUUAUGGAAAUGAUCAACGACUAUGUGAAACAGCAAUUGUUUCCGAAAUCUUUGACCCUCUGAUUCCACACUCCUCUCAAAAACGCAGCACCAAGUUGACAUGCACUCCGAUCAAGAGACAUUUAUACCCUAUAUAUGAUAAGCAAAACGAUUUAUUAUUGAAAUUAGCCAUAGGUUUUAACGAUUAUUCUUGCAAUUUUUUAUACGUAACGAUACGGACCACGAUACUCCCCCAUGUACGCUGUGCUGUAUCUCAGUUUUUUGCCACAAAAGUGUACUUAUAGUAUUAUAUAGAUCCUUUAUGUUUUUUUAUACAUUCCAAUCGAUCUACCAAUGUAUACGUAUUUGCAUACUAGUAGUUGUAUUUGUAUCCACGAGACUAACAAUUAUAUUCCAUUGUGAUGUGCUAAGUGGCCAACUUCAAUUGACAAUUAAACUGCACUUUUUAGAGUUUA